UCCGUACACAUCAUGUGGUUCAUAGAUUGAGUCGGUCUUAGGUUGAGUCAGUCAGGGGAGAGUCUAAGUGGUGAGGAGCGGAACUGUCACUUGGUUGUGCACCGUUCACCAUGGUUGACACAUGCAGUGGCCGGAGCACCUCCCCUUACACACCAGAACAGGAGGCGAAAGCCGUCGCCCUUCUGAAAUAGCAAAGAGAGAAGAAGGAGGCCAAGAAGAAGGCCCUGAGGGAGAAACAGGCGACGAAGUUGAAAAAGAUUGAGGAGGAGAUGGCCAGACAGAGGGAGAGGCUAAAGAGAGAAGAAGAAGAGAAGCUCAAGGCGGUAGAAGAGGAGGAAGAGGAGGAAGAACAGCCAUUGGAAAGGCGAAGGGCAGGAGGAAGAGGUGAAUCCAGUGGCACAAAAGAAGAUCGGUUGGAGAAGAAAAUCACACAGUGGGUUGCUGGUCUAUCCCUAGGAGAAGAAGAGGAGGCACUAAUGUAUGUGCCCAGGGAAAAACAAGAGGCGGCCAUGAGAGAGUGGGAUGCAAAAGAAGACCCACUCAGGCGGCAGGCGAUGGAGGAUGAGAAGAGGAUGGAGUGGAAAUUCCGAUUGACGAGGGAGAGAAAAAGGAGAAUGGAGGCGGCAAGUGAGGCGACGAAAGCGUUGGAAGAAGUGAAGAAGCAGAGAGACCAGAAUGGGAAUUACUUGUUUGGUAGAGGUCAGAACAUUGUCGUGUGCUCUAUACAGUUGAGACUCAGGGACUUCGCCAGAGAAUUGGCGACGCAGGUGGGCUCAGAGGUGAGGGCUCGCCUAGAGGGCACGGAGCGUUAUUGCACGGGCGCCAUAGAGGGCGCCAGAUUGACUGCUCCCAUGGAGGAGGAAGCACGUCCCCGUAGGGAGCCUGUCAAGGUCAAGUUCCCUGACUCCUAUAGUGGAAAGAAAGAGGAGAAUUUUGACAAUUGGGAAGCCAAUGUCAAAACCUACGUCCAUCUGCAGAAGGUCUCCCCGGACGAGCAUGUCCUGAUAGCUAUCCAUGCCCUUCGAGACGAAGCAGCAAGCUUCGCCCGUUCCUUGUGCCGUGUUGCUAACUGCAAUGAUGAUCUCGUCGCCUACUCUGCGUUCACUCCUCUCACUGACUUCCUUAAGUUAUUAAGGGAACGGUUUGCAGACGUCUCGCGAAGCGUCAAGGCCUCUGAUAGGUUGCAAACCAUCCACUCCUGCCAGUGGAAGAGUGUCAGGGCGCUCAAGGGCGUAAUGGACGAGUUCGCCGCCAUUCCGGACCAUGGGGUCACUGAGACCCAACUGGUCAACCUCUUUUAUCGUGCAAUGCCCGAACAACUGCGCGGAUAUUUCUUUGAGAAAAGUCAGCAGCCCACCAUGACCUAGGAUGCAUUGAGCAGGGAAGUGGUGGCGUUCGAGGCGAGGUCCAUGUCAAUUUUCACUUUUUGGCAUAAGGACCUGGACAAGG